UAAUUCAAUGUCAUUGAGAUAGUGCUCCGUAACAGUUCGGAGGCGAGAUCGGUUCAGUAUUUUGCCGCUAAAAUGCAACACGCUUCUCAAACGAAGAUAUUUUGGAAGUAGGGUAUCAGUUUCUAUUAACAUUCAGUGCUGUGUAGUUGAUAAAGUUGUUACUAUAGAAGAUCUGACGACGAAAUCGAUGUUCGAAAAUGACGGUCAGGCCGCUAUCAGCCGCUCUGUCGAAGAAAGCCCAGUCAGAAAUCAAUGAGAAUCCUAAGAGAGCACAGUCUGACCUGUUAGCGUUGAGAGAAUGGCUCAAAAAACAACCACAUCUACAAAAUGUACAACCAUCGGAUCAAUGGCUCGUCGGAUUUUUACGCGGCGGAAAAUACAGUCUCGAAAGGGCAAAAGAGAAGUUGGACAUGUAUUACACUUUAAAAACUAUUGUACCAGAGUUUUUCGGGGACAGAGAUCCCAACGGACCUAAGAUUCAAGAAAUACUUAAACUUGGAGUUUUCCUGCCUUUGAAGAAUUGUGUUGAUGAAGCUUCGCCACGAACAUGUAUAAUGAGGCUAGGGGUGUUCGACCCCUCUAAAUAUCACCUUUCUGACUUAAUUAAGGUGGCCCUCAUGGUGACCGAGAUAUUAAUGCUCGAAGAUGACAAUUUCUCUGUUGCUGGCGAGGUCGUAAUAGUCGACAUGAAGGAUGUAGGAAUAAGUGUGCUCAGUCAAUGGACGCCAGCGUUAGCCAAGAAGGUCAUAUCAUGCUUCGAGAAGGCGCUGCCGGUACGCGUUAAAGGAAACCAUAUCCUGAACACACCGACUGGAUUCGAGACAGCAUACACAAUAUUUAAAACAUUUUUAGGAGAAAAAUUAAAGAAAAGAAUUAGUGUGCAUAAUCAAAACUAUGCAGCUAUGUAUAAAGUUAUACCAAAGUCAAUCCUUCCUGUGGAAUACGGAGGUACUGAUGGUCAGCUACAAGAACUUACAGAUCACUGGAAAGCUAAAGUAGAGAGUUACCGCGACUGGUUCUUGAAACAAGAGGAGGUGCGUUCCGAUGAGUCCAAGAGGCCUGGGAGUCCCAAGAACUCAUCCAAUUUGUUCGGCGUAGAAGGAUCCUUUAGGAGCUUAGACGUCGAUUGAGUCAUGAAUAGUUUAAAUUAGAUUCGUUGUAAUUUUUGUAUUGUACAAAUAAAUACUUUUUUUACCUUAAA